UGGCAACGCCGCGCCAGACGAUAAAUCAUUGUUUUGCGUUGCCGGACUAAGAAAACCAUCGCAACAACGUGUUCUUGUUCAACACUGAACAAUUUUCCGCCAGCUUCUGGCAACGCCGCUCCAGACGAUUAUUUUGCACGCGCAUUCGUGAAAAUGGCGGCGUUGUCGAACUACUGUCGCUGCCAAAUUUUUUGUACAUCAAAAUAACCAAAAUAAAGCGACAUUCUUCCGUGCCCGACGUCAGAGGCCGACCGAGUGCGUGUGGUGUGUGAAAAAUUGUUGAUAAAUCUUCCAAGCAACGACCCACCGGGGUAGAAUAGUCAGAUAACACACGCGACCGCAAGAGAAGGAGAGCUCGCCAGCGCAGCAGCAGCCGCGUGAAUAAGCUCUUGUCAGCGGAGCACCCGCGGCCGCUCUUAAGGCUUUUGGCCCAAAUUCAAGUUCGCUUUUGGGACACGCAGCAUGCAACAGUCUGUAUCAGCAACAUCGUUCCGAGUGAUAGACCUUUGCUGCAGCCACAACCACACGAUGUCCGAAAGCAGUUGAUCGAGAAAUCUGGCGGCAACAGUACGUCCUCUGAAGCAUAAUUUUUGCUAGGACACUCGACAAAGGGUCUUCAAACGCCUCCGCCACUCCACUUCACGCCUUCAACACAGACACACAAUCCACUCCGCUCCUUCACCUUCACCUCCGCCUCCACGAUGAACAGCCAAACAACAGCCGGCAAUCGCAUCACAUUCACCAACCAAUUGCCGAAUGGAACCAUCAACAUAGCCGGCAAUCCGGGCAGCGGUGGCGGUCCGACGAUCAUCUCGACUGCCCAGCUUCCAAACACGACAACCAUCAAGACCAUAACGGCCGGAAUCGGGGGCCACCAUCCGGGCCUGACGCAGGUGCACCACCAACAGUCGCCCCACCAGCAGCAGCAGACGCAAUCCGUAGGUGCCACCCAAACACAAACCCUAGUUAUUAAAUCCAAUCACCAUGCUGUCACCCUGCCGGCGGGUCUAGUAUCAAGUGCACCAGCAGGAAUCGUAACAAUGACCAAGACCAUCAAUCAGGGCCAGCCGCUGCUCAACUCCAUGCUGCCGGCAGGAGUUGUGGUGGGCAUGCGGCACCAGUCACCGGCGCAGCAGCAGCAGCAAAAGAACGUGUCCGCCAAUCCGCUGAGUCGUGUGGUAAUCAACUCGCACAUGGCUGGUGUGCGACCGCAGAGUCCAUCGAUAACUUUAAACACACUUAAUACAGGACAGACCCCGGCGUUGUUGCUGAAAACGGAUAAUGGAUACCAACUGUUGCGCGUGGGCACGGCCACGACGACUGGCCCGCCAACGGUGACACAGACCAUGACCAAUGCCAGCAAUAACACCAACAGCCACCACACAACAAGCACCACAAACCAUCCCACAACCACACAGAUACGACUACAAACUGUGCCGGCUGCAGCUGUAAGUAGAUAUCAUGGGCAACAACCAUCCCAACAGCAGCAACAUCAGCAGCUGCAACAACAGCAGCAGCAGCAGCAGCAGCAACAGCAACAGCAACUUCAGUCGCAACAAGCAUCCAGCACUACUGCCAGCGUUAGCAUAGCACUGCGCAAAACGAUUGUCCGUACAUCAUCCACAAUCCCAUCCAGCAAUAGCAACAAUAACCAUAUAAUUAAUGCCUCCACCACCACCACCACCAACACCACCACCACUACUACCAACAACAACAACAACAGCAAACCCGCUAGUAACCAGCAGCAGCAGCAGCAACAGAAGCUCCAGCAGCAACUGAAGGCUCAGCAGCAACAGAAACAGCAGCAGCAGCAGCAGCAACAGCAACAUGCCGCCGCCACGGCUGCCGCAGCGGCAGCAGCUGCAGCCAAUGUGCCCGUCACUAUAAAGAUCAAGCAAAACUCGAUGACCAACACCACCGCCUCCAACAACAUCAUUGUCAAUUCGGUGGCCAGCAGUAAUGCGCAUGGCUACACGACCUCAUCGCAGCCACCGCACCUGACGCAGCUGAACUCGCAGGCGCCCCACCUGCCGCAGAUCACGCAAAUCCAAACGAUACCAGCACAGCACCAGCAACAACAGCAGCAGCAGCAACAGCAGGUGAACAAUGUGAGCUCCUCGGGAGGCGCACAGGCUACGACGAGCACAACGACAACGACGACGGCUCAGCAGGGAAAUACCAAAGAAAAGUGUCGCAAGUUUCUAGCCAAUUUAAUUGAAUUAUCGACACGGGAACCGAAGCCAGUGGAGAAGAAUGUGCGCACCCUCAUCCAGGAGCUGGUUAAUGCGAAUGUGGAGCCCGAGGAGUUUUGUGAUCGCCUGGAGCGUUUGCUCAACGCCAGUCCACAGCCCUGCCUCAUUGGGUUUCUCAAGAAGAGCCUGCCACUGCUGCGUCAGGCCCUCUACUCCAAGGAGCUGGUCAUCGAGGGAAUCAAACCGCCGCCGCAACAUGUCAUCGGUCUGGCGGGACUCUCGCAACAGCUGCCCAAAAUCCAAGCGCAAAUCCGUCCGAUUGGCCCCAGCCAGACAACGACCAUUGGACAGACGCAGGUGCGCAUGAUAACACCAAAUGCGAUGGGCACGCCGCGGCCCACCAUCGGCCACACGACGAUAUCGAAGCAGCCCAACAUACGGCUACCAACAGCGCCGCGACUCGUCAGCACGGGCGCCAUUCGCACCCAGAUACCCUCGUUGCAAGUGCCUGGACAGGCGAACAUUGUGCAAAUCCGUGGACCGCAGCAUGCUCAAUUGCAGCGCACGGGAACUGUGCAGAUCCGGGCCACGGCCCGACCGCAAAACACCACGCCCACGAACAAACUCACUGCCGUCAAGGUGGGCCAGACGCAGAUCAAGGCGAUAACGCCCAGCCUUCACCCGCCGAUGCUGGCAGCCAUAUCGAACAGUAGUGGGCCGCCGCCCACGCCCACGCUGUCGGUGCUGUCGACGCUCAAUUCGGCAUCGGUCACGUCGCUGCCGGUGCCAUCGCUGCCCACGGUCCAUCUGCCGCCGGAGGCGCUGAGAGCCCGUGAACAAAUGCAGAAUUCGCUGCACCACAACAACAAUAACCACUUUGAGCCGAAGCUGGUGGAGAUUAAGGCCGGGUCGCACCUAGAGCGAAUGAAUGCCUCACUGACGCCCAUCUCGGGCAAGACGCUGGUAAAGGCAUCGCCGGCGAUCAGCAAGGCGGCGGCAAGUAAAAAGAGGAGGGAUGCGCUCGAUGCCAAGGACGAGUCGAAGGCGAACAGUGCGAGCGGAGCGGCAGCGGCGGCCAAUUCGUUUUUCCAACAGAGCUCGAUGUCCUCUUCGAUGUAUGGGGACGAUGAUAUCAACGACGUGGCCGCCAUGGGCGGUGUCAACCUGGCCGAGGAGUCGCAGCGGAUUCUCGGCUGCACGGAGAACAUCGGCACCCAGAUACGCUCCUGCAAGGACGAGGUGUUCCUCAACAUGCCCGCUCUGCAGGCGAGGAUACGGGCCAUCACCACGGAGGUGGGUCUGGACGAACCAUCGCAGGAUGUGGCCGUCCUCAUAUCGCAUGCCUGCCAGGAGCGACUGAAGAACAUUGUGGAGAAGUUGGCUGUGAUAGCGGAGCACCGCAUUGAUGUCAUCAAGUUGGACCCCCGCUACGAGCCCGCCAAGGAUGUGCGCGGCCAGAUCAAGUUUCUGGAGGAGCUCGACAAGGCCGAGCAGAAGCGGCACGAGGAGCUUGAACGCGAAAUGCUGCUCCGGGCGGCGAAGUCCAGGUCUCGUGUGGAGGAUCCCGAGCAAGCCAAGAUGAAGGCGAGGGCCAAGGAAAUGCAACGCGCAGAGAUGGAGGAGCUGCGGCAGCGGGACGCUAAUCUGACGGCUCUCCAGGCCAUUGGACCCCGCAAGAAACUCAAACUGGAUAGCGAUGCGGCCAGUGCGGGAGUGGGUUCCAGCGGCGGCGGACUGUUGAGCAGCUCGGGCUCGGCACCAACCACGUUACGGCCGCGCAUCAAACGCGUCAAUCUGCGUGACAUGCUGUUCUAUAUGGAGCAGGAGCGCGAGUUUUGUCGCAGUUCCACGCUGUUCAAAACAUACCUCAAGUGAUCGCUGCUGUUCGUCAUUCACAUUGUCUUCUACUCCUGUUCCCGUUCCAGUUCCAGUUAUAUUGCACGUCACCGCCUGCCCUGCCCAGGCCCGGGCCCGGGCCCCUUGGCCUCUGGUAAUGUUUCCCGCUUCAGAUUUCCUCCAAUCGCAAUAUAAUGUAGCCUCUGACUUAACCGAUUUGAUUCGUCGUCUCCGUUUCUUGUUUUUUUUUUUUUAGUUAGGAGCCCCUGGCCCCCACCCUAUUUAAAGUGUACUUUUAGAACCUUAAAAUCUAAAUCUAAUUUCUAUUCGCUCUUGAUUUUAAGUCUAGUUUAAAGCUCGUUUAUUCCCCACAAUAAAUUGUCUGUAAAACUUAAACCAAACCAA